ACAUGUCAUGAACUUCUGAGAUGAUUGUAUUGACAUUUUUGCUGCUAUGAGAAUCUCAAAUAUGAUACAGUACAAAGUACAAAUCAUUUAUCUCCAUAUAAUUGAUUAGGUCCAAUAUAAAGACAGCAUUGGGAUAUUUUUGGCUCUGACAUAUGUUAAGUUAUUCCUAUGAAUUAUGGUUGGACCACAUAAUGGCAGUACGAAAAUUGUCAAGUGGUCACGUUCGUUUCUAAAGUGAUUUUUAUGUCGUAGCGGUGUUCAUGUUUAUUCUUCAGAUAACCUUCCUUCUGCCUUCAGCUCCAAAAUAAUAGCCAUAUGGUUCUUACCGUUUCACUCUCAACUUAUCUCAAGCUGUUUCAGUCAAUCCUAUAUAUGUCAUGGCAUCCCAACACAUAAUAAGUGGCCCAGAAGUAACAACAAUAGACACUUCUCUUGGAAAGAGUCUAUACCAGAGCUUGGUAAACCAUGGAAAUAACAUAGCUAUGGUGGAUGCACUAACAGGAGAAACCAGAACAUUUUCUGAUAUUUUAACAAGAAGUCUCAGUGUAGCAGAGUGUCUUCACAUACGGGGCGUGACAAUUGGGGAUGUAGUGGGUAUCUGCAGUGAGAACAAUCUUGACUUUAUUUUACCAGUCCUGGCUUCCUAUUACAUCGGUGCAACAUGCGCACCACUGAACCCAUACUAUACUACUCGUGAACUUCUUCAUGCUGUCAAUAUAUCUAAACCACGCAUUAUAUUUUGCUCUGAUGGAGCACUGAAGAGUGUGGAUGAAAUUUCACAUCAAGUUGGAUUCCUGAAAGAAAUUGUAACUUUUGGAUUUCCAUUAUCACAUAAACACACUCCAUUUAUUAGUUUUGUGCGAGACAAAUCACGCAGUUUCCAACUACCGGAUGUUAAUGAUUUAAAUAUUACAGCUGCAAUUCAAUGCUCCAGUGGAACAACUGGGUUGCCAAAGGGUGUGAUGCUUACACAGCGGAAUAUACUUAGUAUUCUGCAAACUGCAAACGAUCCCAGGUUCACUAUUACGAAGCCUGGAGAUGUACUUCUGGCAUUACUGCCUAUGUUUCAUUCAUACGCAUUUAUCUGUCAAUUAAUUUCAACUACUCAUGGGUCAAAGGUUGUAGUUAUGAAUAAAUUUGAAGAGGAGCUAUUUCUGAGAAGCAUUCAAAAUCACAAGAUAACGACUCUGAUGUUGGUGCCUUCACUUGUUGUAUUCCUGGCAAAAGCAAAAAUUGUAGAUGAAUAUGACUUAUCAAGUGUGCAGCACGUUUUCAGUGGUGCUGCUCCUUUGAGCAAAGAAUCUGAGACACUUCUGAAAAAGAGACUAAGAGUGCAGUCAAUUAAACAGGCCUACGGCAUGACAGAAACUACACUUGUCGUUACUUUGCCACCACCAAAUGGAAACAAGAGUGGAUCUUCCGGAAUACUGGUAGCAGGAGUAAAAUGCAAGGUUGUGGAUUUGGAAACUGGAAGAAACCUUGGACCCAAUAAAAAGGGAGAAUUAUGUUUCAAAGGCCCUCAGAUCAUGAAAGGGUAUUGUGGUAAUGCUCAAGAGACAUCAGCGAUCUUUGAUGCCGAUGGUUUCCUUCACACUGGAGAUGUGGGUUACUAUGAUGACGAUGGUUUCUUUUAUAUUGUCGACAGGGUGAAAGAACUCAUUAAAUACAAAGGAUACCAGGUUCCGCCAGCUGAACUAGAAGCCGUUUUGAUAAACCAUCCCGCUGUUAAGGACGCUGGAGUCAUCGGUGUUCCUGAUGAAGCUGCUGGUGAAUUACCAUUAGCUUUUGUAGUGAAGCAACCUGGAGCAAGAGUGACUGAAGACGAAAUUAUUAAAUAUAUGGCAGGGCAAGUAUCCCCGCAGAAGAGACUACGUGGUGGAGUUUUGUUCGUCGAUUCUAUUCCAAAGACAAAUAGUGGAAAGAUCUUACGAAAGGAGCUGAGGUCUAUGUUAAAAUCCAAGUUGUGAUUGUUUCGAACAUUGUAAUAUGUGCCAUAUAUCAGCUGUUUCACUACCAUUAAUCAGGUCACAAAUUAUGGGCAGCUAAUUGAGGAAGGUAAAAUGUUCAAGCAAAAGUGUGUCUUGCACUGGUCAUCCAUCAGGAACAAUUGAAGAAGAUAAAGAUUAUAUAAUAUUGGAUCUGUGAAGUGUGGAAUUUGGCUUUCAGAAUUUCUAAAUACCUUUUCAUGUAAUGCUCAACAUAGGUGGCCAUGCAAAAAAUGUUCUUCGGCUUAGAGUUUAACAGAAGUAACCAAAGAAUCAAUGGAGCUUGGCAUGUGAUAUGGAUACAUGCAUACAUACUCGUAUAAUUUUGAUGUAAAGCUUUGAUGUUGUUAUGUUAACUUUGUUAAAAAUUUGAAACAAAUAAAUCUUAUAUUUACUUCUCAGUUU